AUGAUCGAUCCAAGAAUUAGCUCCACUGUCCGAGGUAAUGAAUUUCGCUACGAGCGUCACAUCUCUCUGGAACAGUGCCGUGAAUCUUGCAUUGACACUUUGUCAUGCCGAGGAUUGGCAUUUACCAAGGAAUCUCGACGUGGACGUUCCGGCGAUUGUCGUCUGUUUCGUGAGCCGGAUGGCGGUAACAGUCGCUUUGAUGUCGGUGUUGAUCAGGAGGAUAGGACUCUUCCAAUCAAUUGUGGAAAAUGGUGUCAUCUUGAGCAAAACGAAUGCAAUCGUGGCGAGGUAUUUCCAUUGAUUCAGCAGACAGAGCAUGAACCAUAUUCAACACCAGGAACGAUUAUUUGGAAACUUGAGGAUUCGAAACUCCGGAACAUGAAUUCUCAGUUACAGAAAAUUUUAUUUGCACUAAGAUUCAAAGGACGCAUUCUUUGUGAGGCCGAAUCCUGCGGCGCUAUACAUAUAUUUCUGAUCAAUGAGGAAGGAGAUGAAACAUUCUGCACCAGCAUAAACACUGAUUUAAUAUCCACCUUGGAUCGAUACACAAUUCAAUGUCGAGAGGAUAGUUCUAUCACCAAUUUAGGAUCUGAUACUGUUGCCAUUAGAAUGACGCCCUCAACGCUUGACCAGUCGGCUCCAAAACUAGAGAUCAUUGAAGGAAGUGCUAGAUUUAUUCUAAUUGACAAAAGAAGGCAAAUCAACAGUGUAUCAGAAAUACCAAUUCGUCCAGAAGAAUUCUUUGUAUUGCCUCUGCUCAAUCCAGAACGAGAAUCAGUUUCAAUCACAAAAGAAGUUGAGACUUCAAGAGCAUUAAGUGAAUCUUUCGUAAAUGUUAAACAGACCGAGCAUCGUUCGGAACCAGAAGUGGUAACAGACGCUUCAAAGGAAAAUGGUAUCUUAGAUAACCAGUCAAUUACUUCAUUCGAGAAGUCACUUCAGACUGAACCUAUUCUAACAGAACCGUCAACAAUUUUACCAACGAAACCUCCAAAGAUUCUCCAAGAUAUGGUUCUGAGUUCGAAGUUAGACGACGACUCUAUCAAAAAGAUUGACAGCGAUGUCGUCUCUGAAGCAGACCAUUACCUGAAUCUUUCUGAAAGCUUGGAGGAAGAAGAUGAGACAUUUGUUUCAGAAAGUGAAACUGAAAAUAUGCACCUUGUACCCCUGAUGACAACAAAUAGUACACCCGGCCCUUUGAGACAGGAACCUGAUCUGAAUUUUGCCAUAAAAAAUCCGUCACUAUCAACCGAAAAUUGGAAAAGCCAUGAGGACGAGUAUGUAACGGAACUAGAAAGCCCAAGGCAUUAUAAUGAAGACAGGGAUUAUGAAAUGGUUGCAAAUAAAUUCGAUUCUAGUGUUGAUCCAGUAAAUGAAUUUGAACAAUACUUUCCAUCAGAAGACUUAUCAAAUCCUAAAAGACCAGAUUAUCCACCCAUGACUCCCAAUCCCAUGCAACGCGAUGCUGAAGACUCCAACCAGGUGGCGGAACAGCCAAUUUUAAGAAAACGCAAAAAUAUAACCGCCACGUCGGAAGCAAACCAUCUCUCACCAAGUGAUGUUCAAGUCGCUGGAUCUCUUUCCAAAGUCAAUUUAUUUAUGAUUAUUACCAUUGUUUCUGUUAUUAUUCUGGCGUUAGUUGCUGGAAUCGUUUGGUUUGUAUGCAUCCGUGGGAACUAG